AUGGAGAUAUUUAUCGCACAAUUCAUAGAGAAUACGCUAUUAAUUGCCACACAAUUGCUGUUAACUAUGUUUAUGGCGUUUGUUGUCUUCAAUAAUGAACAAAACGGCAGUUAUAUUGAAGUCUAUUUACUUCUAUUUGUGACCGGAUUACAGGGAAUGGCGUUAGGGUUGCUCACCGGCUGGAGUAGCGUUUGUAAUGCUACCCCUAUGGAUAACAUCAGGCAUAUUAUGGCCUAUAGAGGCAAUGCACCCGUAUAUUCAGAAUAUUGUCUUAUUUGGACCAUUAACCAGGACAGUGGAGGCACUGCGCUUCAUAAUGCUACGAUCUUGGAGCUACUCUAAGACUCAGGUGUUAUAUGGCUAUAUUACCUCAUUGGUUUAUGCGGC